UCACUCAUUCUUGCCAAAAAGGUCCUCGCUUUUGACUUAAAAGAUUUUCAUACAACUUCAAGACUUAUUCUUUACAUCAUUAAGGGAGUGAAGGGAGAUGGCUGAGAAAAGUUACUUUGAACACCUUGCAGCCUCUGUGCUUGACAAUCUUCGGUAUCAACAUGAUUGGACCGAACUACAAAUCUUGACUCAUUCUCCGGUGGACAACUCACCUCUGCCGAGGCCUAUGGUCUCCGGACUCCCACCUCGUCAACUUUACCUACACCCAGAUGACCAGAUUGAGAUGCUGAAAUCCAACCCGGAUUUGGCAGGGCGAAUUCCAGGGAAGCCCGUCGUUGAAUGGGUAUUACCAACCCAUCUAGCCGAGAAAUGGACACUCAAGGCGUUUGCAAGUGUUUUCGAUUCUAUGCCGCCACAACCUUCAGCAAAUGCAGAUCGCGUCAAGAGAGUACUGCUCGCUACGAUGCACGACGAUUCUACUAUUGUUUACUAUUUCAUGCAUGACGGCAUCGUUAAACCUCGGCAGAACUAGACCUACGACUUGACGGUUCCAUCUCACUCGAUAAGAGAGUCCAGGUCCUAGGUACCCAGGUAUCAUCAAGCUAUGGCUUGAAAAUGACCUUUUGCACCUGCAUCUUGUCAAACAGAUCAUAUCCCGAUACAGCCAUAGAGAGCGGCAUGAUUUUCUCGAACAUAAAUCUGAGAGAAGUUAAUGGCUA